AUGGACGAGGAUACUGACCCCAUGGAGCCUGCAUCAGGAACGCCGAACCACCCUAUAGAGAUCUCAGAUGGGUCAUCGUUCCAUGGAUCGCCAUAUCGCGGACCGGACAGUUUUCAGGAGAAGUUUAACCAGUAUGACUGGUACUUCACCCCAUCCGAGCACUCGUCGUCCCACCAGCAGUAUCAGCAGCAACAGGAUCCUUCGGAGGGUCAACGAUUUGUGGCAGUCACGCCGCCACCACCACCGCCAGUAGAGCAGCAACCGCCUCCAGAGCCGCCGAGGCGGAGAAGGUCGAACGCACGGAUGUCCGUGCGAGGUGGAGUUCGAAUCAGUACUCCCCAGCCUUCAAUUGGCAGCCAUUACCCGCCACUUCAGGAAGAAGAGGACCCACAGUUGGGAGGUCCAUCGAGCCCUAUUCCAGACAUCAACUCAGUUCCUGUGGUACCACCUUUGGGUUUCGAUAACCCGAUUCCUGCAUAUGCUGGAUCCGCGGCAUACAACCCCUUCGAGCAGCCGGCGCAUACCCACUACAACUAG